AUGGCACGUCAAUUUGUUGUUUUGGCUUUUCUUUUCGUUGUCGUUGUUGCAGGGCUAACAAACGCCGCUGCAGAUUCCAUUUCCAUUUCACCUUCUGCAUCAAGCCCUUACGCUGAUGCUGAUGCUGAUGCUGAUUAUGAUUCAGAUGUUUCAUCUCCACCUAUACCAGCAAGUUCACCAUCUGGAGCUCCUACUCCAUCUUCAAUUUCUGCAGCACCAGCUGGUUCACCAGAUGCUGCUGAUGCCCCUGCUGCCGCUGGUCCAGGGGUCUCACCUGCUGCCGCUGAUGACGACUACUAA